AUGACCUUGGAGCCUCUGACUUCGCCAAACCUACGUCGAGUCAGCAGCCCAAAGCUAGACAGAGACGCAUGCACCGCAAAGUAUAUCCAAGCCCAGAAGCACUACAUUCAUGGAUACGCUCGUGAUGCUACUAGCAAAACGCUUUCGGCCUCUAUACACUCCCAGGAUUCCGAGCUUGCUCCGUUCAAACAGAAGGCACUUGAACCCGGCUUUGCGACUCCUGUCCUCAAACCUAGAGCACCGAAACGACAGGACAAAGAACAUACCAAGCCCGAUAAGCCAGUGAUGUGCCUGCCUUCGAAGCAUACAUCUGCUGCCGCCUCAGUGGUGACGCAAGGCGAAUCAACCAGUGUGAAGACCGCAAAAGAUAUACCACAGAAACAGUCUGCUGUUGCGAAGUUGAAAGAUGGCACUAGAUGUAACAAUAAACGUCGGUCAAGUGCUAAUUCUGACGAAGAGCAUGCCGCAAGACUAGCCGAGAGGCGGGAACGUAAGCGAGCGAAGAGAGCCAUCGUGAGACCGCAGGAACCAGCUAGGGAUUCUCGAGAUCUAGUCCAAGAUGCCAAAGAUCGUGAAGACGAAGACACCACAAAGGAUGCCAAACCGCGAGGCAAGGCAAAGGCCGCGCAGAAGGCAAAGGCUUCUGCUGGACUUGCCUUGAUGAAUACGUUCUUCGCCAAGAACGUUAGCAAGAAUAGACUCACCUUAAAACCUGAGACCCAAACUGGCGUGUUCAGCAAGGGGAGGGCAUCGGCCAAGACCGUAGUUAUUAACAAAAAGACUAAGGCGCCGACCGAAGAACGAAAUAAGAAGGUAUUUUCUGAGGCCCGAUUCUUGAAUAGCGGUAAACCACCCGCCAAACUCUUGUAUACUUCAUCGGAUUCGGAAUCAAGUUCCGAGGACGGGAGUACGCCAUUAGAUGAUGCAAGCAUAAUACUCCGUAAGAACAGUACGAGUAUACCCGGUCCUACAAGGCCAGACCGGAUGAAAGAAAAGGUUGUCGACACUCAGGGUUCUGAUGACCAGAGCAAUACUCGCGUCUCUCGGAAAGUCCGCCGAUCACACCGAUCGCAGGUCAAGGAAGCUGUGUCUGAGAUCUGGGACAUAGAAGUCGACGGACGUGGUCUCCCAUCUGAGGUCUCUUCUGUAGGCCCAGUCAGCCAUCUCCAGGAAGGAACCGUGCUGCUGAAUAUGCCUGCCUUUCGCUUCGACUCGGAGGGAGGUGAAGAUGCUUUUGCACAAUCUGGAAGCGCGCCAAAGGUGAUAUUAGUGCAGGCCGAAAGUGGUAGCAAUAUAGUCAAGACUAAGGAGCCCGGUACAGGCCAAGCAACUCGUAGCUCCUCAAUCGGUCCCUCUGAUUCUGCCUCUCAGCUUCGACGAGAAAUCCCCAACACUACGACAUUCUCUGGGGCUUUCUCUAGAUAUUUCCCAGUGGCUGUCUUGGAUGCGGUACGACCGGCCCUCGAGAAGGAGCCUUACUCCGAGACAUACUCAGUUGAGGAAUGUCCUUCUCCAGGUGGUGGCCUGUGUACUCUGGUAUCUAACAACGACCCACAGGAUGCCAAUCAUGUCUCCAAAAUAGCUCCAUGUGCACUCUCUCGACCAAACUUUGCCGCCGAAAUCUCUGAGACUUGCUCCCUACUACUGGAUGCUGAAGUCACAGGUAGAAAUACAUAUGCUAUUCCUGGUCCAUCUAUUGAUCAUAUGUCCAUGUUGGAGGACCCCGUCUCUCCAAGUAUGUCGGUCAAUUCGCUCGAGCUUGCGCUGGAAAACUAUGAAGCCGAUCACGUCCUAGGAGCUCACUUGAACCCACAGGACAUGGAGAUUCUGGAACUGAACUAUGAACUUCGUACCUCCCCCGGGCGCGAGCAUCAAGACCCGGUCCACGACGAUGCGGAUUGGGGAGACUACCAUUACUAUGAAGAUGAUGCUGGCGCUGUUGCACCCCUAGACGCAUUUGGCUUAGACGAUAUUGCGCACGAUCUCACUGCAGCCUCGGCUGACUGGCAGUACUGUGGAAGCCAACCUAUCGAUUCUCGUCCACCGGACAGCGAAUUCGGCCACCUGACAUAUGAUAACUUGGCUGGCCACGAUGUAGAUUAUCGGUGUGUACACAAUGACUCUCCAACGGAUAUGGAGCAGUCAAUGGACGGACCUGAUGACAUGUACGUUUGUGUUCAUGAUCUGGGAGCUGGCGAGCACUGCGGCGACUACACCAUGGCUUCAGACAUCGAAAUACGGGACGUCCUUUCCCGCCCGCAGACCCCCCGCUCAGAAAGCAUUCCGGCUUCGGACCCUACGUCAGUCUCGGACUGUACCUUUGAUCAAUCGGGUUUGCUGCCGCUAUUCAGCGAAGGUCGCUCAUUGUUGCUUGGGUUUUCUGGCGCGCCGUCACGCACUGGCAAUAUCACCACUCGACCCCUGGCCCGAGGUGUGUCUAAAGCCGAGAUGGACGUGGUAAAGAGUAUGAAGGAUCACUGGUUGCCACAGAGACUAUAA